GAGCCGAGCUGAGCGGCAGAGUCUGUCAGAUACAAACAACACAAGUGAGUUCACGUCGUCACUUUCUCUGCUGCUUUUGGGUUCAGUUGCAGGAUAUUUGCUUUAAAGGCCGCGGACUUCAGGAGCUUGUACAAGUUUAAGAGCUGGAGAACUAGAACUAACCAUCAUCACGUAAUGGCCAAUGUGAUUGGCACCACUCUCGAUUUAAAGGCAUUCUUUAAUCAGAACCUACCAAAUGGUAACAUUUCCUUUGUAGCAUCAUCCAACUACAGUCCUGUCAGUAAACUGACUUUAGGAGCAGUGAAUUCAAAUGUGGGAGCACCAAUGAUCAUAAGCACGCCUCAGAGAGUGGCUCACCCAGGAAGCAUCCUCAUCGGCAGCCCUUUCACGCCACACACUACACCUGCUACCAUGGUAACACAAGGAUGCCCUCCAGAGGGCAACGAAUGGACCCCAGGGAACAAGAAACGGACACAUGAUUUUAUGGACUCGUAUUACUCAGACAGGGAUGGGCUGUGUUCAAGCGACUCCUCGUCAAGUAAAAAAAUGAAGAGGGCUGAUAAGAAAGGCAAGGGGCUCCGACACUUCUCAAUGAAGGUGUGUGAGAAGGUGCAGAAGAAAGGCACCACGUCUUACAACGAGGUAGCGGAUGAGCUGGUAGCCGAGUUCACCCACGCUGGCAACUUAGCCUCUACAGAUUCGCAGGCGUAUGACCAGAAGAACAUCCGCAGGCGUGUGUAUGAUGCACUGAAUGUACUGAUGGCCAUGAACAUAAUCUCUAAAGAGAAGAAGGAGAUUCGCUGGAUUGGCCUGCCCACUAAUUCAGCACAGGAAUGUCGCAACCUAGAGUUGGAGAAGCAGAAGCGGUUGGAAAGAAUCAGACAGAAGAAAAGCCAGCUAGAAGAGCUUAUACUACAGCAGAUAGCCUUUAAGAACUUAGUGAAGAGGAACCAGGCAAACGAGGCUGCCACAAAGUCUCGACCUCCACCGGGCUCCAUCAUUCAGCUCCCUUUCAUCAUUCUCAACACAGACGUACGCACAGUCAUCGACUGCUCCAUCUCCAGUGACAAAUGUGAAUACCUCUUUAAUUUCGACAACAUGUUCGAGAUCCACGAUGACAUUGAGGUUCUGAAGCGCAUGGGAAUGUCUCUGGGCCUGGAAAAUGGCAAAUGUACCUCAGAGAACCUCAGUGUGGCCAAGUCUCUCGUCCCCAAAUCCAUGGAGAGUUACGUCACAGGCAUGGCCAGAAAAUCCAACAAAAUCCCUCUCGACCAUACAAGCAGCACCACCCCUUCAUACACCUCAGAGUCCCGUGGUCCGACGCCUAGCUCCUUUAACGAAGAAGAAGAUGAAGAUGAUGAAGACGAUGACGACGACGAUGAACCUUCUUCUCCAGAAUGAACUCUUUAAGUUACUCAACUGCUAAUCUUCACUUUUUUCUGAAACUGGGCAGCUAACCCUCCAUUUGACGUUCCACCAAUCUGCAGGUGGAAUCACACAGGAAAUGAGCAUUUACUUGCUCAAAAUGCAAUAUUCCUCACACUCCCAUUUAUUUAUCCUUCUGUCUGUUGCUUUACCCAUUCUCCAUCUUUUCCUUUAGCUAUCGACCUAGCUAUUGAUCCGAAUAUCCACCUAGCUAUUGUUUUAUCUAUCGUUUUUUCCCCUUUAUCACAAACACAGACACACACUGAUGGAUCUUGCAUCUUGGAGAAUUGGUCACUUGUGUGCUAUUGGUGCUAUUCUGCUAAAGUGUGCCGCUACGCCUCAACCCAGGCGAUAGAUAAUAAAGGUUGCACAAUGCAGAAAUUUCAAAUCCUAAGCAUUUUCCAUACUGCCUCAAAAACACACUUUCGUUUAAAUAAAAUUUCACUGUAUUUAUUGUUGUCCUAUUUUAAGAUGAAAUCGGUUUAAAUUGUUCUGGACAGUUUAGACAGAUCUCAUACUUGACGUUUUUUUUGCUCCCAUCCCCACGUGCUGUCAAACAAACCAAUGCUCCAACCGUUUCCGUGUUCAUCAACUGAGAGGAAUUUGUGUACGCCUUUAAAAAGAAAGAAACUGUUCAUGGAAAUGUUUUACUCCUACCAGUUUUGUUGUGCAUUACUUUUUUUUUUUUGUUCCUGCCAUGUACCACUUCAGAAUCAGUUGGGUUUGGGAUUGGGGAUGGGUGGAAUUAACAGAAGGCCCUUUUGUCGGGAUGCAUGUGGCUUGAGAAGACACCAUGACAGGGAUUGAAGCGAUUUUUGUAUGUGUGAUGUGUAGAGUAGCAUCUUCUACCAAUGCCUAUUAUAUUUUUGCUAGAAAUUCAUAGCGUAUAUGAAAAGGCCUGUGCCACGGACAUUUGACCCACUCGGGUCAACAUUUUUAACCUGGAAUCUAAUUUGAAAGCCAAGCAGAAUAUUGUUACUUGUACUGUUUCUGAUGGUUCCUUUUUUGGUUUGGAAAUGGAACUGUGUAUGUGUGUACGUAUAUACACAUUUAUAAACCUAUAAUUUUGGUUAA